CAAGGUCUGUGUGCAGUGAGAGCUGUCCUCCAGGAACUAGGAAGGCUGCACAGAAAGGAAGACCUGUCUGCUGUUAUGACUGUAUUCCAUGUGCAGAAGGAGAAAUCAGUAAUGAGACAGGUAAUCUACAGCCCAUCUCAAUGGUUCAGAGAAAACUGGUUAGUUGUUUUGUUUGUGUUUUCCUUCUAUUGUUAAGGAUGCAGGGUCUUAUCAAGAGACUUUACGAAUAAAGUAAUUUUCCCCUUUGUCUCUAACUACAGUGAACAUCACUUCCUUUCCAGAUUCAAAUAACUGCAGGCAGUGUCCAGGGGAAUACUGGUCUAAUGCUGAGAAAGAUAAAUGUGUGUUAAAAGCUAUAGAGUUUCUGUCAUUUACAGAAAAUAUGGGUAUAGUGCUAAUCUUUUUCUCACUAUUUGGAGUAGGAAUAACUGUUUUGAUAGCCAUACUGUUUUGCAGCAAAAAGGACACCCCCAUAGUAAAAGCCAACAACUCAGAGCUGAGCUUCCUGCUGCUCUUCUCAUUGACUCUUUGUUUUCUCUGUUCACUUACUUUCAUUGGUCGGCCCACUGAGUGGUCCUGUAUGUUGCGUCAUACAGCAUUUGGGAUCACUUUUGUUCUUUGUAUCUCCUGUGUUCUGGGGAAAACAAUAGUUGUGUUAAUGGCCUUCAAGGCUACUCUUCCAGGAAGUAAUAUCAUGAAAUAUUUUGGUCCUGUACAACAACGACUUAGUGUUCUUGCCUUUACACUUAUACAGGUUCUUAUAUGUGUGCUUUGGUUAACAAUAUCGCCUCCUUUUUCCUACAAAAACAGGAAAUAUUAUCAUGAAAAGAUCAUUCUUGAGUGCAGUCUGGGUUCUAUUAUUGGUUUUUCUGCUGUUCUGGGUUAUAUUGGCCUAUUGGCUGUCUUGUGUUUCAUUUUGGCUUUUUUAGCUCGCACACUGCCUGAUAACUUCAAUGAAGCUAAAUUCAUCACUUUCAGUAUGCUCAUAUUCUGUGCUGUAUGGAUCACAUUUAUCCCAGCUUAUGUCAGUUCUCCUGGAAAAUUUACUGUAGCUGUGGAGAUAUUUGCCAUUUUAGCAUCAAGCUUUGGUUUAUUAUUCUGCAUAUUUGGACCUAAAUGCUAUAUUAUCCUGUUUAAGCCUGAACAAAAUACAAAGCAACAUGUGAUGGGAAAGAAUACUUCUAAAUCAUUGAGAUCAUGAGAAAUACAAUAAUGUGUAAAUUGACUGUAUGUGGGUGUGUGUGUGUGUAUACAGUAUAUAUAUAUAUAUAUAUAUAUAUAUAUAUAUAUAUAUAUAUAUAUAUAUAUAUAUAUUUGCAUAAAAGAUGUUUUUGAUGUAUCAGGCCAUCAUCGUGCUUGGAUAGACACAGCCUUACAGAGUUUCCCUUCAGUCUUAAACAAACACACCUAAACUACAUAUAUUCUGCAUUUACAUCUGUAUGGGGGUCAUAGUUCAGUACUAUUUCGGAACAACAGAGAAAAAGACAAGAAGAAAGUUUGCUCGGUUUCUUUUCAUUUAUUUCGAACAGUCAGUAGUUUACAUUACAAUGUUUUUCGACCUAGAUGUGAAAAUAUAAGAAAUUAUAUUACAUUGUAAUGUUAUAUAUAAUCUGAAGUACAUAUACAUACAAGGAAUAAAUUCUGGGCGUCCCUGCUUAGACUGUUUCCCUGCGACCCAGCCCUGGAUAAGCGGAAGAAAAAAAAGAAGAAGAAGAAGAAGAAUUUUGUCUCUUACUGAUAUAUGUAAUAGAAACCCAUGUAAGGUGUGUUAUUUAAAAAAACGCCAAUCGUUUCUGGACAAUGGGGGGGGGCACCAUUAUUUUAUGUGCACAUUAUAUUUUGCGUCAAUGAUGUGAAAUGGUUGCACAAGACAAGCGGUGUAUGACUUUCCUAGCAACAAG